CAUGAGUUUUGGAGCGAAGUUCGUUUUUGAGUUCUGGCUUCAACUGUUCGUAAUUUGACCCAGUCUUUGAUUUACAAGUCGAUUUUUUAAAGGAGAGUAGUUGAUAUAUGAACAAGAUAGUAAGACAAAGUGGUGAUGGAGUGAUGGACUUGAAUUUUAAUAUUUGGUAGCUGUUUGAUCGGCGCCGGGUAAACAGUUCGCAGUUAUUAAGGUGUCACAUGACGAUCGAUGUCAAGAGAAAAGGGCCUACCGCCAUUUUCGCAAAGAAAUGAGAAAUAUAUUUACUUUAGAUUGUAGAGAGACAGUUCGUCAUGUGGUCAAAAAAAUGGUAAAAGAUGAUUUCGGAAUAAAAGUACCGAAAGAGAAGUCAUCCAGGGUAGAGGAAAACCCAUCAAAAAGCAAGGUCUUUGGUGUUGCUUUAGAGAAUGUCCCAUCCACCAAUAUUGGGGAUGACUGCUACUGUCCAAUUCCAAAGUUCCUGGUUGAAGCUGUGAGCUUUUUAGAGCCACACUUGAAGACUGAGGGAUUAUUCAGGAAAUCUGGCUCACUGGCAAGGCAAAAAACUAUUCGACAACAAGUUGAAAGUGGAGGCUCUAGCCAUGCAGAAAUUGCACAACCACAUGACAUUGCAAGCAUGAUGAAACAGUUCUUACGAGAACUGCCUGACUCGGUACUCACUUCCUUACUACACAAUACGUUUCUCAAAUGUUUACAGCUCAACACACCAAACGAGCAAGUAACCUCGCUACUAAUGCUGUGUCUUUUGCUGCCAGACACUAAUCUCCGGCUGCUUCAAUACUUGUGCCAAUUUGUUUCGAAAGUGGCCGCUCAUUCGAAAGAGUCAAAAAUGACCCUAAGUAAUUUAGCUAUUGUGCUUUCACCAAAUUUGAUGUUUUCGAACAAGGACAAAGACAGUGAUAAAUAUAUAAAGGAACAAACGGAAGUGGUUGAUAUUUUGUUCAGGAAUGCUAACUCAAUUGGCCUUGUUUCUGAUGAAAUUAUCGAAAAGGUAAAUUCGAUUGAAGGAGAGCCACAGUCCAUGAGCACAUCUUCAGCUGAUGAGCUAGAUUUGGCUGCGCACACAAAACAGAGAGGGCAUCGAAGAAGAAGCCGCUCUAUAUCAGGGUUUGUUAAUGGCAUUGGUCGCAAAAUAAAAGGAGCUAACACUGGAGCUGGCUGUGCCCCCGGAAAUGAAGAUGAUAUAAUGGCAACACGACGCGCAAGACACCGACGCACAAAAAGUGACAAGACUAUUGAAGUCGAGGACUUGCUGCGCAAAAGAGGACGCAGUGAGCUGGAUGUUCGGUCAAGUGAAUUUUGCAUCAAUAGUCCGUAUCCUAAGCCUGGAAUGAGGUCGCUAAAAAGACGUAUUGGUGUCCAAAGGACAUUUGGACAUACUCCCAGCCGUAGGAGUCCGAAGCUUUCAAGACGAGCGGAAUCAUGUCAAACAAUUUCCAGUCCCAUUCUAAUAUCGAUGCCAAAUCAAUUUAUGCUGUCAAAUAAAUCAUCUUUUAUCCCGAUAAUGAGAUCCCAAGAGGACGUGAGGCAUUCAGAAGAUGUGAAAGUCCGCGGAAAUAGCCAGGCCGAUGAGCCCUCCAGUCCUACUUUGAUGUCUAGCAGAUUCAGUGUCAAUUUUGAUGAUUUCAAUGAUGAGGCUUUCGAAAAAGAAAAUUGCAGUCUUCCGGGAAAAUAUUCAGUAAUGAAGGAGAAGCACUUGCAAAAGUUCAUCAAGCAAGCUUCGAUGGAAAACGACUGCUCUCCAAUGGGUCAACCACGUUUAAAAACAAAACUUUUCAAUGCGGAAGCUCACGAUAUCCCUAUGAGAUCUCCAUGUACUUCCUCUAGACUUAAAAACAGAAGAGCAAAGAUACUUUCAGAUGGCUGAUAAAAUUGGGUUCACUUGAAGGCAAAGACAUUGUUCUUUUAUAAUUUUAAUUAUGAGUUGACCUAAUUCUUUUAAAUGUAGCUUAAAGAUUUAGCCAUAAAUAGUUGAAUUACAUCAUCACUGAACAUCCCCUAACCAAAUUAUAUAUCAUCUCUAAACAGAUAAGGGUCUAUAUAUGCAAAAGUAGUUGUGAGCUAGCAGAAGGUUGUUUGGUUAACUGUUGGUUUUUUAGAAGCAUCGAUUGUCGAACUGUUCUAGAUACUUACGUGAAAAGCAGUUGUUGUGCUGUCCAAGCAAUUUCGGUCCUUUGGGGUACGUUUUAUUAUUUCACCACUGUGAACCAAUAGAGUUUAGACAAGUAUUAUUCUUGGUUAAUAAAUUAUCGAUGUCUAGCCAAAAUUAAAAGGCAGAUCGAUUUUCCUGUUACUUUGAUGGCAUCUAAUUCGCCUAACAGUGUAAGCUCGCAAAACCAUCUGGAGUUUCAAAGUAUUAAUAAAUUUCAAUACAGCUCAAUGUCACAAGCUCCCGGUAUAUUUUUAUCAGAGGUUUAAUUUCUUAGAAUAGACAGCCAAAUAAACGUUGGGAAAGUCUAAACUGUAGUUUCUAAAUGCAGGGAAUUUUUUUAUUGAAUUAGAACCAGAUCGAUUCUUUUUUACUACGAAGACCUAUCUCAUUACUGGUCUUACCUAUGAAGGACAGCAGUUCGUACUACUGAUUGAAAUGAAGGGGUUAUAAAGUAUUCAGUGUGAUGAAAACAAAGAAAACGUUUGUGUCUAUGUUCAGUGUAUAAGUCUGUGUACUUAUGGGGAAUGCUUGGGGAGCGGUAACAUCCUGCCAUCCACCGCAGUCUGCCAACCAUCGACAGCAUACUUUGUAUUCAUCACCUAAGAUAAUGCUAAUGAAAACACUCCUAACGGAGUUGAAACCUUAACCAUAAUAUAAUGCCUCACUGGAGAACAUUUUAUUCAAGAAUUUCAUUCAUAGAAAUCAAGAAUAUCCAUCAUUAGGCCAUGACUUCACCGGAAUAUAUGUUGACGACUUUACUGAAGUACUUAUUUGUUGCAGUUGUUGGGCUAACUCCUCUUUUAAUCAAAUUUCAAAGCUGAACACACUCUCAUCAGACCACAACAAUCAAAUGAUACAUUUUCAGGGAUUUUAAAAGCCUAUGUUUCUUAUUCUACCUUUUUAGAAUUUAUUGUCAAUAUCUUUGCUUGACCUAUUGUAUUUUUAAAGUUCGAUUCUGUUUAAUCGUAAUUUUAAUAUCAAAGUAAGAUGUGAAUUUUUUAACUCACCAAGUGCAGUAUAUUCAAUAAAAGUACAAUGACAUUGCUGUUUUUCUUUGAGACUUGCAAAUCUGUAAACAAUUAAUUAAAAUGAUGAAGUCUGCUUGACAAAGCCCGUUUCAAAAAGGUCGUAAGUUCGUAUUAUUAAGAGAAUCCAGUUGGCCACAAAAUUAAUAAACAUUCACAGAGAAUUCAAUGUUUUCGCAUUCUCUCUUUACCCUUGGCUCCCACAAGCUGUCAAAGAAAUCCCGCUUUAACUUAGACUGAAUGGUAAUCUCAACGGAUUAAGAAAAAGGAGAAUUUUUCAAAGCAAUUCAUGGCUCUUCCAAGAAAAUCAAUCUUGUUUCUUUAAUAUUCUAAUUUAAACUACACUCGAAAAAAGCUUUAUUCGUUUAGCAACGUUCUGUUAUUAUAUUGGUUCUCAAAUGUUCAUAAACAAAUAAUAAUAUGAAGUACUUUAAUUUCAAUUCCACACGGUUCAUAUUUUGCUUGCUGAAAGUGUUUUGUUUUUCUGAGUGAAGAAAUGCAUGAUUUUUCGAGUGAAGCUAAGAAUUUCUGAAAAGAACCUAUACUAAAAUGGCGGUGCUCAAACGUAAGAAAA